AUGGCGUACCAACAGCAAAGCUAUACCUUUGAUGCCGGCCGACUGGGGCUGAUCGAAGGCCUGAGCUUGAGUCUGCGUAACGAGCCAGCCGUCCGGUACUUCGGCGGUCUUCCCUAUGCCCUACCGCCGACCGGCGAAUACCGUUUUCGCGCUCCUCGAAAGCUGCCCAAGGAAUUCAAAUACGGCACAGUUUCGAAUCCGGGUCGAUUCACUGGCGGAACAGCAAUCUGUCCACAGCCUCCGGCGCGCACUCCGCAAAACAAGGCCCUCUUCGACGAGGACUGUCUGCAACUGAAUAUGUGGAUCCCUGCAGAGCCUGCGCCGAAGAAGGGUUGGCCUGUAUGCGUGUAUUUCCAUGGGGGGUUCCUGCAAGUCGGCAGUGCUAAUUGGGGCCCAGCCUCGUUGGGGCCGCUUCUCAAGGAAUCGGCCUUCAGGGCCAUCAUGGUGUUUCCUGCUUACAGGUUGAAUGCCUUCGGAUUUCUCGCAGGUGAAGAACUCGCUUCCGAGGCGAAGAAAAACGGUGAGACCCAUAGUAACAUGGGCUUAUGGGACCAGAGGACUGCUCUGGAGUGGACUUACACAAACAUCUCGGUCUUUGGGGGGGACCCAUCGAACAUUACCGCCGCCGGAUACUCUGCCGGUGGCUUUUCGGCUUUCCAGCAAUUGGCGCACGAGCUGUAUUGUGUUCCCGAAGAGGCCCGCAUCAUCAAAAGAAUCGCGAUGCUCUCGAACGGGCCCGGCGUUGCGCCGAAGACUCUGGCGGAACAACAAAAGCAGUUCAACGAGUACAUUACAAGGCUGGGCAUCUCACUCGAGCUCCCAUCAGCCGAGAAGCUGAACGCUCUCCGGAGUCUACCGUACCUGAAGUUGGUCGAGGUGCAAAGAGACAUGGAGAUUCACGAGUUCCGGCUUGUUGAUGAUGGCGCGUUUCUACCCAAAAACCUCAUGUCGAAGGUGGACGAUGGGGAUUUCGGGAAGAAGAUGAAACAAGCCGGGAUCACGCUCCUCAGCGGAGAAUGCAAAGACGAGCACACCAUCUACCGCACCUGGCGAACUCCCGAAAACUCGUACGACGCUGUUUUCUCCCGCUUCUGCGCCGAGUUCCCUGAAAGUGCUGUGCAAAAGCUGAUGGGUCACUAUUGCGGCGCGGACAAGGAGCUCCCGUCCGACUACGAUGAUUGGAAGGACUUUUUCGGCCAGACUUACGCCAACCUCCAAGUCCACGCUCUUCAGCGCGGACUUCACAACGCACUGUUUCGAGGCGGCCUCGUCCCGGGUGUCGACGUUCUGCGGUACCGAUUCGACAAGCGGCUGCGGUGCAUCGAUGGGACUUAUCCUCCUGAAUUGGGGGUGACACACUCAAGCGAUGUGCCCAUCUGGUUCUGGGGUGCGAAUUUCUCGGGUGGGCUGACGGACCAGGAAAAGAGCUGGCUCGGAGGGUGGAACCUAGGCUUCGCGGCCUUUGUAAAGGGCGACGGAGUGAUAUGGGGUCCAAAGCAACACAAGGAGAUGAGGCGGUGGAGGAGCGAUGGCGAGACAGAUGUCUGGACGGAUGAUAAAUGGCAGAUGGGUCUGGAGAUUUGGGAUUUGCUCAACAAGCCAUGA